AUGCUGCAGGCUGGCACCACUGCAACUACGGCCGAGGAUGAGGUGCCCUGCCUCACGGCAGGCCUCCCAACGCCCGACUCAGUCCAGGCGCAGAAGGAGGCUCACAUUGCCACCUUGGAGCGCGGCUUGCGCGAGGGCGUCGCGGAGCUAGCGGAAGAGCAUCGGCGGAAGACGGAUGAGCUCCACACCAAAGCAACCCAGCAAAGGAGUCAGCUCGCCCUGGCACUGGAGAACAUGGUGAAGGAGCAAGAGUCCCUGCUUGACAGGCAGCACCAGGGCCAGCUUCAACAGCUCCGAGAAGCUGCCCAACGCCAGCUCGUCGAGCUGGACCAACAGGCAGAGCUGCUGGUGCAGGCGUGGAGAGCCCAGGAGGAAAAGGGGCACGUCCCUUUGGGAGCCCAAAGCAAUGGCUUGCCAAGAGAGCCCACAUUUCAGCCUUUCAAGGCACUGCAGGUCCCCAGCGGUGGGAGCAUGCGAGUGGCCUGGCCAGUCCAUGCUGCGCAAGGGGGCAGCAUGGCCAUCCGGGUGGCCCCGCCAUCCAGAACCAACCUCAGCUUUGGAGGAUGUCCAAGCUUUCCGCGGGAGCAGUCGAUGUGCCAGAGCCCUUCACACGGGACGGUCAUGGGUGGGUCACCAAAACCUUCGCAGGCCCUGACAGUACCUGUGUAUGGAGGUACUCUCCAGGUGCAGCCUGGCGCUCUACCUGCGAAGGCACCGCCCAGCUGGCCUCCGCAAUGA